AUGCCCCUCAUCGAAGUUCUCCCCCUUCACCACCCCACCCGCUCUCAGCCAGGGUGGGCCUACAUACUCGACACAGCCACCUCAUCCACUGCCCAUCAACAGCCUUCCGGCAACCGCAAACGCGCCCGCAUUGACGCCGCCUCCUCCGCCGCACACAUCUCCGCCAAGCAGCAGAAAGCCAUCGAGCAACGUCUCAAAGACCUCGACAAGGAGAACUGGAAAGAUGCCGUCGUGCCUGUGCCGAAGCGCGAGCGUGGGGGCGAUGGUGCAGGUGCGGGUGCAACAACCAAAAAAAUGACCAGCAAUGUGCGGCGCAUUCUGGGGUAUAAUCGCGCGUUUGCGCAUUAUUUGGCUGACGAGGAAGCGGCGCUCGCGGCGGGCGGUGGCGGGUUUCAAGGCACAUGGGGGAGUGGACUGUCGACUUCAGCGAAUGCUGGGGGCGGCGCCGCGGGUAGUGGUUCCGGUGCUGCAGUCGGUGGGGGAAGGAGGGGUGAUGACAAGAGGAAAUCCACGGGUGCUGCUGCUGCUGCUGCCGGGAAGACCUCUGCGGCGGCGGCGGCGGCCACCGGCACCAAAGGCCGUGGUCGGGCCAAAGUCGAGCCAAAAGCAGAAGUGAAGACCGAGCAGCAGGAACAGCAACAGGACGACGGGGACGCGGAGAUGAAGGAUGCGCAAGGCGCGCCUGAGCACGACGCCAGCGCAGACUCUACAAGCGCUGCAAGCGUAGCAAACGAAGCACAACCACAACCCCCCAUCAAACCACGCUACUCCCCAGCCCUAGACGCCGACCCCCUCCUCAAAACCGUCAAUCUCCCAGCCAAGCCGUCCGCGCGCGUCAUGGCCGCCCUCCUCGCCGAGCCUCCCCUGUCGUACGCGGCGGCGCGCGCCACGCCUCUCGACCCCGACCGCCAAACACCGCGGCGGCAUUUCUGCGUCGUGUGCGGCUAUUGGGGAAAAGUGAGGUGUAAGAAGUGCGGAGAGCGGACUUGUGGGUUGUUGGAGUGCUGGAAGGGGCAUGAGGAGGGGGGCUGUGCGGCGGGAUAUUAG